GUAAGCACGUCAGCAGGACACGUCAGUAUUGCCACGUCAGCAGCAAGGGAUACCACAUCAGCAGGCACUGGUCUGGUCUAUGCUGUUGCGUUCACAGACAGUAGUCAUGGACCAGAAGGCCGGGAAAACAGGCGAGGCCUAUCAGGCCGGCAUGUUAGCUUGGAGUACCGAGACAAAGAAGCGGGUAGAUGACACUGCCGCAGCAGCCAAGAAAAGGGCAGAGGAUGCUGAGCAGACACGUCUGCUGGCCGUGCAACAACAGCGCCAGCACGACGAGGCAGCAGCAAGGGCUGCCAACGAAGAAAGGACACAGCAUCGUGAGAAGAUAUUCACCAGAGAGCGGGCAUUACUUACCAUGGCUGCAGAAUGGCGAAGCGAGGCCGAGAACAGCCAGUUGGAGGACAGCGCAAACAAGAUAGCGCUCCUCCUCUCGCAUCUCACGGAUCUCCUGGCAACCUGCAUUACACAGCAGGCGAAGAUCCUUGUUCUCGACAACUCGGUAGCUCAGCUCCAAAACCGCCUUCAGCGGGUGGAGCAGCGACCAGUCGCCGCCGCCGACGCAGGCUCUUCCAAUACUGCCGACCGCCUCACCGCAUUGGAGAUGUGCGUCGGCUCCCUCCAGGAUGGCGCACAGUUACAGCAGACCGCGACGCAACAAUUGCAGCAGCGGAUCUGCACUACCGCCACUACCUCGAGUCUUGAGCCGCGCGAGACAGCUCCUAAGUUCGAUGGGCAGGAGAUCUUCCGCGACUCAAUCAAGACAGAUCCAAUUCCGUGGUUUCACAAGUUCGAGCUCACGCUGCAGCUCCACAACGUCAAGGAAAACAAGCACCACGCUUACUUGUACUCUCGCUCAGGGGGCGCGUGUCAGGCGUGGUUGGACAACUUGUUGUCUAAGUACGGAGUGGUAGCAGCGGACUUGCACACCAUGAUCAGCUGGGAUGAUCUGAAGGCGGCGUGGCACAAGCGGUUCCAGGUGGAGCUGCCAGAGAUCAAAGCCAUGGACAAGCUCAUGGUCUUCGAACAAGGCACGCUGCCGAGUACGGACUGGAUCGCCGAGUACCAACGCUUGACGUUAGUCCCAGACAUCCGGAUGGGAUUCAAGGCCAUCCGCCACUACUUCAUCUCAAGGUCAUGUCUAGCAUUGAGCAGUGCCCUGACGCACGUCGAGGACACCUUGACGACGACGGCGGAAUUAUUCGACAAGGCUGCGCAGAUCAUCGUUACAAACAAGGAGGCCAAGAACCUCUGUUUAUCUGCGUCAGGCCUGAUUGGGAACCAGCAUCGGCCACGAGUGGCCGUGGUCGCAGCGGCAGCGCCGUUAGACCAAACAAGCGAGGCUGCGUCUGCCAAUGAAGGAGACAGAUUCGCAGCCGUUGGGCAACCGUCCUGCAACGCUUUGCUGGAUAGCAGCGCAACUUGCAACUUCAUGAGCCAGUCUUUUAUGCGAAGAGCUGGCCUUGGCGCACAAGCUCGGAGAAAGGCAAACUCGACGACGAUCAAGUUGGCGGAUGGACAGACGCAGCAACUACUCGACCGUUACAUCGAGGCCGUACCGGUCUACUUCGCACCUCAUGCAUGCGAACCGGUGACAUUCGAUAUUCUCGACACGGACUUCGACAUCAUUCUGGGAAUGCCUUGGCUUGCAAGUGCGGAUCACACGGUCAACUUCCAUCGGCGGACUCUUAGCGUUCGCGACGCCUUCGGCGCGGAAGUGGCGUGUACGAUUCCUCUAUCGCAUUCUUCGAUCCCGUGCCAAGUGGUGACGGCCAAAUCAUUCCGGGCGACUUGUGCUUACGAGCAGCCCGAGGAGAUCGGCAUAUGUUUCCUACGGACCAUCGCGGUAGCCGACUCUUCACCCACGGACUUGUCUUCGGACCCCCGUGUGGUACGGUUGCUGGACGAGUUCGCCGACAUUUUUGAGUCACCUACCGGUGUGGUGCCGGGUCGGCCGAUCUCUCGCGAGAUCAUUCUUGAGGCCGGUGCCGUGCCACCGAAAGGUUGCAUCUAUCGGAUGAGCGAGGAGGAGCUUGAGGUACUCCGCGCACAACUCGACGAUUUGUUGGCCAAGGGCUGGAUCCGCCCGAGUAGCUCCCCAUAUGGAGCACCAAUUCUCUUCGUCAGGAAGAAGAACAAGGAUCUACGAUUGUGUAUCGACUACCGCAAGCUCAACGCGCAAACCGUCAAGAAUGCGGGGCCUCUUCCUCGCAUCGAYGAUCUUCUCGAGCGACURGGCGGUGCGAAGUAUUUUUCCAAGUUGGAYUUGAAAUCAGGAUAUCAUCAAAUCUCGAUUCAGCCGAACGAUCGCUACAAAACCGCAUUCAAGACGCGGUACGGGCAUUUUGAGUGGGUGGUCAUGCCUUUUGGCCUCACCAAUGCCCCGGCGACGUUCCAGGCGGCGAUGACCAAUGAGUUCCGUGCAAUGUUGGACCGGUUCGUGCUGGUCUACUUAGACGAUAUUCUCCGCUUCAUCAAAGGCUACUCCAAGAUCGCGGUCCACUUGAACAAGCUUCAGUGCGAGGAUCGGCCGUUUGACUUUGGAGAGCAGGCGCGAGGAUCCUUCUUCGCUCUCAAAGCCGCGCUAUUGUCUGUGGAGGUCUUGCGAAUCUACGACCCGCUCGCGCGUACACGCGUCACUACGGAUGCGUCAGGCUAUGGUAUUGGUGCAGUCCUCGAGCAACAUGAUGGUGUGGACUGGCACCCGGUCGAAUACUUCAGCAAGAAAGUGCCUCUUGUGCAUUCCAUUGACGAUGCACGCAAGAAGGAGCUCCUCGCCUUCGUCCACGCGCUCAAGCGGUGGCGGCACUUCCUCCUUGGUCGAAGCCAAUUUCGCUGGGUGACGGACAACAAUCCGUUGGUCUUCUACAAGACCCAAGACACCGUCAACAACACCAUCGCGCGAUGGAUGACUUUCAUUAACCAGUUCGACUUCUUUCCCGAUCACAUUCCCGGAAAGUCGAACCGUUUUGCGGAUGCAAUCUCACGUCGUCCGGGUCAUUGUACCGCAGUCUACUCGACCUUCGAGAUUGACGACGACCUGCGGAACAACUUCAUCCGCGGCUACCAAGCCGACCCCGAUUUUCGCGACAAGUACGCGAAUUGCUCCUCUCCUAAUCCGGCUCCUUCUCACUAUCGGAUCCAAGAGGGGUACUUGCUUGUCCACACGCGGGGGAAAGACGUUCUUUGCGUACCGAGUGAUCCUCACUUGCGUACACGACUUCUUGGCGAGUUCCACGACGCUCCCGCCACUGGACAUUUUGGAGUCAAUCGCACGAUUGGCCGACUUCGCCAGCGAUUUUGGUGGCUCGGCCUUCUCGGCGACGUCACGCGCUAUUGCGAGUCAUGUGAGGUUUGCCAACGCUGCAAAUCCCGCAACCAUCGUCCGUACGACGAGUUACGACCAUUGCCAGUCCCGUUGCGGCGAAGGGAAGCGAUUGCCAUGGACAUUACCAGCCCGUUCCCCAAGCACAAGACCGGAGUGGAUGGGAUUCUCACGGUGGUCGACCGACUCACCAAGUUCGCCAUGUUUCUGCCUUGCCGCUAUCAUAUCAAGGCACCGGAGUUGGCCGAGGUUCUCUAUGCCCGUUGGAUUCGCACCAAGGGUUACCCCAAGGAGAUCGUCUGCGACCGCGACACUCGGUUCAUGUCCGAUUUUUUAUUAGCGUUCAUCAAGCGAUGGGGCUCAUCUCUAAAGCCCAGUUAAGCUCGCCACCCUUAGACCGAUGGCCAGACGGAG